UCAUAGCAUUGAAGCCUCUCUGGAAACACCCACACCCUUCUAGCCAGCCAGUUUAUACACACCCCUCUAGCUCCUAUUUGGUUCAAAUGUUAGGUUAAGAGGAAGAAGGAAAACGAAUUCAAGAGCUGCUCUCAAACAUCUAGAAUUUUCUGCACCCCACCUCUCGAAGAGAGACCAGCCCAGCUCUGACUCUUACAAACUGGACUUCCCUCUUAAAGCACAACUUUCAUUUAAGCCUUUGGAUAAAACGGGAAGAAAAGAAUUUGUGUGCAGAAGGUGAGGGGCUGACGACUGGAAAUAAAACCAGAAGGAUGGCAGGUCCCAGGCCCAGCAGUCCAGCAGACCCUGAAAUUGAGCUUUUUGUGAAGGCUGGAAGUGAUGGGGAGAGUAUUGGAAGCUGUCCUUUUUGCCAACGCCUUUUUAUGAUACUCUGGCUUAAAGGAGUUAAAUUCAAUGUGACUACGGUUGACAUGACCAGAAAGCCCGAAGAGCUGAAGGACUUAGCCCCAGGUACCAAUCCUCCCUUCCUGGUAUAUAACAAGGAGUUGAAAACAGACUUCAUUAAAAUUGAGGAGUUUCUAGAGCAGACACUGGCUCCCCCAAGGUAUCCUCAUCUGAGCCCCAAGAACAAGGAGUCCUUUGAUGUGGGCUGCAACCUCUUUGCCAAGUUCUCUGCCUACAUUAAGAAUACACAAAAGGAGUCAAAUAAGAAUUUUGAAAAAUCUCUGCUCAGAGAAUUUAAGCGUCUGGAUGACUACUUAAACACCCCGCUUCUGGAUGAAAUUGAUCCAAACAGUGCUGAGGAACUCACGGUUUCCAGAAGACUGUUCUUGGAUGGGGAUCAGCUGACACUGGCUGACUGCAGUUUGUUACCCAAACUGAACAUUAUUAAAGUUGCUGCAAAGAAAUACCGUGACUUUGACAUUCCAAGAGAAUUCUCAGGAGUCUGGCGCUAUCUCCACAAUGCCUAUGCCCGCGAGGAAUUUAGCCACACAUGUCCUGAAGACAAAGAAAUUGAAAACACCUACGCAAGCGUGGCUAAACAGAAGAGUUAGGACAGCUCUUUCAAUAGAAGAACCUGUCUUUUCACCUGUUAUCAUGUUAGAAAGGUUGUUUUGAAAUAAGAAUAUGGAAAACACUGUUUCCUCUAUCCACCUUUCUUAUGAGAAAGAACACCGACUAAAUGUUCUGUGUCUAGUUAAUCCAAACUCUCUUCCCACUGUGUAUUUUAAAGGUCUUCGUGCUUUCACUUUGUUUCUUCCCAUGGCACAACCACUGCCAUCCUAAAAAGCAUCAGUAUCUUUUGCUAUUUGAAUUCCUAGAAUGCAUCAUAUGUGCAGGCUCAACAGAUAUAGUUGAAGUUACAGCCGACAAGCAGUCACAGUCUCAAAAUGCUCGGUCGAAACAUUUCCAUCUAAUUCAUUAAAAACAAUUUUACACUUU